AUGGCCGAAAGAACUUCCCGCGAGUGCCUAGAAUAUUUUUGUGACACGGUUUGCAAAAUAUAUGGUCCAGAGUUCUUACGUAGACCGACAAGCCACGACAUGGCACUUUUAUACCAAGCUCAUGAGGAAAAACAUCACCUUCCAGAGUAUCGAGGCCAAUACAUGCGAGGAGAUCAUAGAUACCCGACUAUGAUGCUCGAAGCGGUUGCUUCUCAAGACUUAUGGUUUUGGCAUGCUUUUGCUGGUCCACCGGGUUCUCAAAACGAUAUCAAUUCGAUCCCUUACCCUCACGAAGUAAACGAAAAGAAAUUCAAGAGGCAACAUGAGGCGGCAAGGAAAGACGUCGAACGGGCUUUUGGUGUUUUGAAGGGGAAAUGGGGUGUAUUGAGUCGACCGAUGCGAGCAAGAUCGGUUAAAAAAAUUAGGAAUGUCGUGUACACGUGUAUUAUUUUACACAACAUGAUUUUGAAAGACGAUGGAAAGGCGAUAGCACCGGUGCACAUUCGGGAUCCUCCGGUCGAGCCGGCUCUAGACGAUACGGUGUUGGGCAAGUUGUUGAAUGAAGACACCCAUUGGAGACUCAAACACGAUCUCAUAGAUCAUCUCGCAAGUCAAGAUUUACCCCAUCUUUUGGCCGAUUCCGACGAAGACUAG